CGUCACCAGGCACGACGCCCGUCGCCAUUUUCCUCUGCCAUUUGCAGUAACAAUCUGGUGAAGCGUGGAGGUUCUUUUAAAUUAAUAUUUACUCGGAAUAUUAUCAACAUGAACGUAAAGUAUUUAUCUAACUAAAGUGAGAAUUUUAAAUACAACAAAAUGACGCAAUAUUUGCCUCCAAAUUUGUUUGCCUUAUUUGCACCGCGUGACCCAAUUCCUUAUUUGCCACCGGCAUCAAAACUUCCCCAUGAGAAAAAAAAUUGUGGCUAUUUGGGUGUUGGAUCUUUUCUGAAAUUCUUUGAGGAUCCUAAAGAUACGCCACCUCCUGUUCGCGUUGAGACACGUGAGGAAAGAUUGGAAAGAAGACGACGUGAACGAGCUGAACAGACGGCCUAUAAAUUAGAGCAGGAGAUUGCAGUUUGGGAUCCUGCAGGAAUUCCAAAUGUCACAGCAGAUCCUUUCAAAACGCUUUUCGUUGCCCGAAUUAACUACGAUACUUCAGAAUCGAAACUAAGAAGAGAAUUUGAGGUUUACGGCCCAGUGAAAAAGAUUCUGGUUAUUCAUAAUACAAUAAAUGGAAAGCCGAGGGGAUACGCUUUCAUUGAGUAUGAACACGAAAGGGACAUGCAUUCUGCAUACAAGCAUGCUGAUGGCAAAAAAAUAGAUGGACGACGAGUAUUAGUGGAUGUUGAACGUGCAAGGACGGUAAAAGGGUGGCUUCCCAGAAGAUUAGGAGGCGGACUGGGAGGUACAAGAAGAGGAGGUCCGGAGGUAAAUAUUAAGCACUCAGGCAGAGAGGAUAACGAAAGGGAAAGAGAGCGAUAUCGACAGGAGAGGGAACGGGAAGCCACCGGUCGCUUCGAUAGAGACAGGGAUCGCGAUCGAGCCGAUAGGGAAAGACGAAGAUCACGCGAGAGAAAGAGACGAAGUCGAAGCAGAUCUCGCGAUCGAAAGAGACGUCGCAGUAGGGAAAGAGCAUUUGAUCCUGAUAUUGAGGAGAUCGAGCGUCCCCCACGAGAUCGUCGUGAUCGUGAGAGAGAUCGUGAACGUGAUCGAAAAAGAAGACGUUCAAGGAGUAACGAGAGAGAGAAGGACAGGGAGAGGAAGAGGGAUAGGCGAGAUCGUGAACGUGGUGAUCGCGAACACAGAGAUCGAAAGGAUCGUGGUGAUCGUAACGAUGAGGAUACAAAGGUUCAAAUUAAAGAGGAGCCACUGGACGAUUAUCCCGAGUACACAAAUAAUUAUCCAAAUCCUGCGUAUUUCACGGCGGUGAAAUACGAAAAUGAUGAAGAGGAAGAAAAAUACAGAAUUCCCGAUAGAAUGAUGUACGAUUCAAUGGCAUCUUAAA